AUGUCGAUCACUGAAAAGGAGCAUCCUAAAGAUACUGUGGUGACGCUUGAACAAGUGGGCACUGGGGUGGAUGUUGAAUCGAUACAAGCGCAUAGCACGAAUGAUGAUGGUGAUCAAUUUGGUCAUGGUCAAGGCAAUUUCCUUACGGCGUACUUUAACGUGGUGUGUGUUGUCGCUGGGACUGGCACAUUAGGACUUCCCAAGGCGUUCGCGAUUGGAGGUUGGCUUGGCAUCUUGAUCCUGCUAUUGGCGUAUGUGAUGGCUGUAUAUAGUGGUAUCAUUUUGAUCCGCUGCCUGUACUACAAGCCGGGGACUCGGUUGCAUGAUUACAAGUCAGUGGGCACAGCUGCCUUUGGAACCAUUGGAUACAUUGUUGCUUCGAUACUUCAUUUCCUCAACUUGUUUGGAUGUCCUGCUUUGUAUCUUGUUUUGGCUGCUGGCAACAUGCACCAGUUAUUGAUCAACACACCAGCUGCACUUACCCAACCUAUUUGGACCAUCCUCGUUGGCGCUUUCUUGUUGAUCCCUUCCCUCGUUCAAAAGACUCUCCGUGAAGUCACUGCCACUUCGGCCAUUGCCGCCAUUUGUACCAUGAUGGCUGUCUUUGUCGUCGUCAUUCAAGCUCCCAUGGAUCGUCAAGUCGAUGCUGUGCACGAUGGUGUCAUUUGGACCGGAUUCCCUACAGCUUUGUCAACGAUUGCAUUCUCAUUUGGAGGCAACAAUACCUACCCUCAUGUCGAACAUGCAUUGAAGAAACCACAACAAUGGAAAUGGGCAGUGUCAGCAGGCCUCUCGACUUGUACUAUUCUUUACCUUUUGACUGCUGUACCCGGUUACUAUGCAUAUGGUCGCGAUACUGCUUCACCCAUCUAUAAUUCACUACCUCUCGGUGCAGGCCGUACAGUGGCCAUUAUUGUGAUGACCAUCCACGUGAUUCUUGCUAUCCCCAUCUUUACAACAUCCUUCUCGCUCGAAUUUGAACAAUUCGCAAGAGUCAAUGAAGAUCGUCUUGGCCGCGUGGGUGCUUGGUUUGGACGCGCUGCUAUUCGUACAGCUACAAUGGUGUUCUUGGUCAUUCUUGCUGUCUUUGUCCCUUUCUUUGCCGAUUUCAUGAGCUUGAUCGGUGCGCUUGCCAAUUGUGGUCUUGUCUUUUUGCUUCCAAUAUUAUGCUAUCUCAAGCUGACAGGUUGGCGUAACAAGAAAUGGUACGAACUCGUGUUUUGCGCAAUUACCAUAUUCCUAGGCAUUGUCGGCUGUGUCUUUGGAACCAUCGAUGCUAUCCGUGCGCUCGUACAUGAUUUCGCUACUAGCAGUCUUUGA